UCUGCCUAUAUACCACCCACCUCUGCGCAAGUGCUAAAGAGAUAUCUCACUCACAGAUAAACGCAUCGCGUUGUAUGUCUCCACGGUAGCAAUGGAGAUGGAAAGGUCACUAUGGCUUGCGCUGCUGAUCCCUGCGAUCAUGGUGUCCUUCUACGGCGAGGCUGCCACGGCCGACGGCCAGGUACCGACGGCGGGAGGCUCGCCGCCAGACACAAACGUGCUAUGCGUCAGCAAGUGCGGGACGUGCCCGACGGUAUGUACCACGCCGCCGCCGCCGGCGGCAGGCAGCGACGGCACUGGCUACUCCUCGCCGUCGCCUCCGCUCUCUACGGCUCAGCCAUCUCCACCGGCCGGGCAGCAGACGCAGGCGAAGGGAGGGAAGCCCAGCGGCUACUACUACUUCUUCACCGCUGGGAGCGGCCGGACCUGCGCCGCCUCGAGCGUUCGUUACACGCUCCUGCUCCUGGCGCUUCUUCCCAUCGUCGCUGUUUAGAACUUUACAGAUUGCUAAAUCUUGGUGUGGCGCUCGCUCGAUCGGCUCCUGCGUGUGGUCCGUUAGUGACUAAUUUAUCUGGUUAAGUUUCCGAUGUACUCCGUACUUCGCUUCGAUCAAUACGAUUUUCUCCAGUCACUGGUGUAAGCUGGAACUUUUGGUGCCAACCUGAAUUUGGCUGAUCAUCAUCCCUGUGUUUUCUCUGCUUAU